AGAUAGAUAGAUAGACAACUAGUUGAUUAUAUAUACAUAUACACACACGCACAAGUAGAUAUACCUACGUGCACAUACACGCACAUACGCACAAGCAAACACACAGACACAAGCACUCUUUCGUAUAGCAGUGACAGCGGGAGUUUCUCGUGUAAGCGUCCGAGCGUGAGUGUGCGGUGUGUGCGCGUGUGAGCGUGCGUGCGUGUGUGUACGUGUGAGUGCGUGCGUAUGCGUGUGUCCGUGUGUCCGUGCGUUCCGAACGUGUUUUUAUGUCCUCAUGUAUUUACGCAUGUGUGUGCGUGUAUGCGCGCGCGCCCUCGUGUGACAAUCUGUGGUGUCAGUCGUAAUGGUAGAACCAGCCAAUGAGAAUUCGAGAAUCGAUUCGAAAGAACAGCUGCUCCGAGAGACUCCGGCAAACGAACUCGCUGGCAUCUCGAAGCAUGAGUUUGCCGCCUGUGUGGAGAAGAAGACCGGGAAAGAUGAGAUGGAGAGAAGCAGCAGCGGCAGCAGCAGCAGCAGCAGCAGCAGUCGACGUGGAGGAUGUAAACAGCUGUCAAUUGAUCCAUCGGCUGGUGACGGCCGUAUCAACAAGGCUUAUACUUCACCGGAUAUAGAACUACAAAGUUAUUCGAUAGGAAGUCGAGCAAGUAGUCCCUUCUUACAUCAUUCUCAACAACAACAACAACAACAGCAACAACAACAACAACAACAACAAUUACACAAACAACAACAGCAGCAGCAGCAGCAGCGCCAACACUCACAAUUUAGCAGCGGCAGUAGUAGUAGUGGUGUUGGUGGUGGUGGUGGUGUUAGCAGUAGUACUAACACUAGCAGUGGUGUCGUGAGCAAUGUCACACCUAGCGUCGGCUCCGUCGGAGCGACAUACGGUACGGCGACGUCAGCUCCGGUGUCCACUGCGGCCGCCACACCUUCGAGCCGGUCGCGGCUCGCCGCCACCACUUCACUGACUUCGCCGCUGUUACGUGGCACCACCUCGGCCUCCGCCCCCGCCGCCACCGCUGCCACUGCCGUUACCGCUGCCACCGGUGGUCCCCUGAAACCUGUCCCCCCUCCGCCGCCGCCCCUCAUCAGCCGCAUCAGAAGCCCCGCGCCGACGCCCUUACGCUUCAACCCCCCGGCGCCUUUUCAAUUUUCGCGACAUUUCCCCACACAGUUCACUCAAGCGACUCAACUGUCACAACCUACACAACAACAACAACAACAACAAAAACCCUCUUCCGCGCACCAGCAGUUUUCAUUCCAGCACCACUUCUCAAGCCCUUAUACAGCCCUGCCCCUCACUAAGCGCACCUGCCUCAGUCCGUUAACCCCUUCCGUUACCACGGUAACAACAUCAAGCGCCAAGACAUACACGACACCUUUCACGAGCCGUUUGGCGAACCCCAAACAUGACCAAAAGCAAACCUCUACCGCUUUCGGCCUCGGCGCUAAACUCACCGGCAAUAACACCACCAGCAACAACAACAACAGCAUUAACAAAACCAUCGGCUACAGCAACAACAACAACAACGGUGGUAAAGACACCAGCACCUCAUUCACGACCAGUUCAUAUGAUCCAAAACUAUGUUUCGGGGCCGCUAGCAAACCGGGUGGUAAAGCUGAUCCGGGUGGUAUCAUACCCUCACUGGUGCAGCAGCCGUCUUCCGGUAAACAAAGCAACUUGUCCAGCCUAAGUUUUGCUUCGAGCACUUUAUGUAGUUAUCCACGCACUUGUCAGUCGCCAAACUACAACACAACCAGCGCCGCAGUCACCUCGGCCAGCAAAACAACAACAACUACUAUUAUUACCACUACUACUACUAUAACUAGUAGUAGUGUUGCCAACAAGUAUCUCCCCCAACUGAACAGCUGUAGUGCUAAUAACGCCACCGGCGCUGCCGCCCUCUGCCUGUCACUGAACACGGCGCCGGCGCCGGCGACUGGUGUACUCAACAAGCGUACAGCUUCUCUUAACCCGGCGACUAAUAAACUUCAACAGCACUACACGGCUCACCCGUCUUAUACCAGUAGCAGCACCGCCAUCACUAGCAGCAGCAGCGGUAGUGGUGGUGGUAGUAGUAGUAGUAGUAGUAGUAGCGGCAGCAGCAGCCUUAUCCCCUCCGUCAUCCCCAUCACCAGCACCGCCACCGCCACCAGCACAGGCAGCAUCGUUAACCCGCAACUCACUGCCUCUAACGCACCCUUCACUGCACGUUCGGUCGCUUUACUACCAUCAUCAUCAUCGCCAUCAUCAUUAUCAUCAUCAUCAUCAUUACUCUCAUCAGCAACACCAAAAACAAAAACAACAACAACAACAUUAGCGUCGUCGGCAUCAUUAACACCAACAUCGGCAUCAUCAUCAUCCUCAUCAUCACCAUCGUCAUCAUUACUGCGUAUAGCUUCAGCAGCGGCUGCACCCACCUCUGUCUCUUCUGUUCCCACUGCUACCCCCAUCUCAGCCUUCAGAUCUGUUCCUACCACCACCACUCCUUACUCUUUCUGCUCCCCCUUCUCUUCUUUCCCAUUGCUUUCUUCCUCUCUCGCUGUGUCUUCUACCUCAUCUUCUCCCUCCUACCUCCACUCGCCCUUGUACUCAUCCUCCUACUCGUUGUCUUCUAAAAAGACGACCUUCCCCGACUUCACCGCGCGCCGCGCCUCCCUCUUCACCUCCUCCUUCCCUUCCACCACUUCGAACGCUACUGCGUCUCCCACCCCUCCUCUCCUUUCGUCCCGUCCUUUCUCCUCGUCGCUCUCCUCCUCGCUUUCUCCCUUACCAUCAACCUCCGCUCCCUGCUACGCCCGCGGCCGCUCCCCCGUCUCCACCGCAGCGGCGGCGGCGUCCCCGGCGUCGACGUCGUCGUCGCCGACCCCGCUGGCUUCUUCGGCCCCUCUGCCCCCUCCCCCUCCCUCUGUCACAACGUCUCGGAUCCCUUCUUUCGGUGGUGCCGCGGCCACCGCCGCCAGCAACAGCGGCAGUGGCAGCAUCAGCAGCAGCAGCAGCAGCAGCAGCAACAGUUUACUGAAGCCCGCGGUGGGUCGCCACCGUCCGCCCCUCCCUCCCUCAAUGCACCACGCCAGACUCCAGACAGACAGGACCACUCCGCCACCACCUCCGCCGCCUCCUCCUCCGCCGCCGCCGCCGCCGCCGCGUCCGCUGCAGGAGGAGGACGAAGAGGAAGCGGAGGAGAAGGCCGACGGCGAAGGGGAGAGAGAGGACAACGUGGACGUCGAAGUAGCGGCGGACGAAGACGACGCGAGAGUCCUUCGAGAGGUGGAGGAGGAGGAGGAGGAGGAGAACGAAGCGGAGGAGGGGAAACGGGCGAGGAGCCGAAACUUCGAUGAUAACGGCGGCGGCAGCAGCGGUGCUGGCGGCGGCGGCGUGUACAGCGAUGAUGUCGGCAGCGGCGAUGUGAGAGUGCGGGGAAGGGGAAGAGCGGUGGUGGGUGGUAGUGAUGAUGACGAUGGUGGCGGUGUACUGAAUAGUGUUGGCAGCAGCCGCGGUGGCGGCGGAAGUGGCGACAGAAGCGUCGGUGGAGGCGACGUUCAUACUAACGGUAGUGGUGGUGGUGGUGGUGGUGGUGGUGGUGCUAGUGGUGGUGGUGGUGGUAGUGGUGCUGGUGGUGGUGGUGGUACUAGUAUUACUGGUGGUGGUGGUGGUGGUGGCAGCGUCGGUUCGGUGGGAGGUGUAGGAAGUACGAACAGCGGCGGAACGGGAGGAAUAAGUGGAGGAGGAGGAGGAGAGGAGAACGAAGCGGAGGAGGGGAAACGGGCGAGGAGCCGAAACUUCGAUGAUAACGGCGGCGGCAGCAGCGGUGCUGGCGGCGGCGGCGUGUACAGCGAUGAUGUCGGCAGCGGCGAUCAACAACCACAACAAACACAACAGUUACAACAUUUGCAACAAACACAUCCAUCAUCGACAACAGCACAACAACUAUUACAACAACAACAACAACAACAGCAACUACAGUUACAACAACAACAACAACAACAACUACAACAACGAGAACGAGAAGAGUGCAAGCAGAAAGCUAAGGAUUUUUUAUCCGAUAUUGGAGCCGAUUAUAUGCGAGUCAAUGGGGCAAUUGGCUCGUUUAAGCAACUCCAGAAGCCCAACUCUAUGCAGUCACUGCCCACAUCGUCUAAGAUGAGUUAUACCUCGGAAGAUGUCGGCGUGGCUCUGGUUGGCGGUGGAAAUAGCAGCGACUAUCCUCGCUUUGUGGACGACAAGCCUGCAAAAGAACGACAAAAGCCCAACGUUGGUUACAGGUUGGGUAAGAGGAAAGCGCUAUACGAACGCAGGAAACGUAUCUCCGACUAUUGUCUUGUUUUCGGUAUGUUUGGCAUCGCCGUUAUGGUGCUGGAAACCGAACUGACCAUGGCAGACGUAUAUGGCAAGGUAAGUGACACCUCAUUUGACUGUGGCCACGUUGGAGAACCAGCUUAA